AUGUCCAAGUCAUUAGCGCGCCGCAUCUACAGCGACGCCUUCGCCAAAUGGCCCAAGCAGGACCUGCGCCCCGACUACCAGCUGCAGGACGUCCUGCGCCGCGCCGUCGAGGACCGCUACGCCAGCGCAAAGACCAACGAAGCCGAGGAGCUGCUCAAGGCGCGCGCGCUGCAGUUCCUCGUGCAGAACAAGUUCCGCGACCGCUAUAAGCUCAAGGGCCCCAUGCUCGAGCCCAAGAGCCAGCCGACAUACUUUGAGGACCUGGUGCGCGAGAUUGAGGAAGCGCCGCGGAGGACGUGGCUAGAGAGGUUAGGGAAGCGCCUGUCUGGCAUCAUUCGCUUGCAGUAG